AUGCGCUGCGGUUCGCCAGGUGGUUGGGGUUCUUUCCAGUUCAGGGUCUUGGAGAACCUAGACCUGAAGGAUAGUAUUCCCUGGUCAAUACUUCGAGUGCAUUACUCCAAUUUGGUGAAGUUGGUCAAAGAGAUAGAUGACAAUAUCAGUUCAUUGAUUCUCCUGUCCUUCUUCACUGAUCUGUUCUACAUCUGUCUUCAACUCUUCAAUUCGUUGCAAGCAUUAUCGUCACCAUUCUACCUCCUUUACUACUUAUACUCCUUCGUCUUCCUUGUACUCCGAGCUCUGAUGCUGUCGCUUUUUGCGUCCAACGUACACUGUGCGGCUCUCGAACCUGUAUACUCCGUGUAUGAUGUGCCAUCAAGUGUUUAUGAUAAUGAGAUGGGGCCACGGGUGCGUAGAGUGGGGACUCUAGGUGCCCACCCUGUGGUCUCAGGGAAGACGGUGGCACAGUGGUCACGUGCCGCCGUACACAGCAAGGCUUAA